AUGUCACACCAGCAGCUGCCUCAUUGCCGAGCCCAAGCACCCACGGUUGACGCAGCCAUCUUCGCGUUCCUCCUUGGCGUCCUGACGGGACACCCGCUGCGGCUGGCCAUCACCGACAACCGUGGCCGCUCCGGUGUGCUUGCGCUGCGCCGCCUCCGCGAGCGCUACAUCCGCAGCGGCAAGGACCACGUCAGUCGUCUCAGUCAGCAGCUCUCCUCGACCACCUGGUUGCCCACGGACACCGUCGACACGUUCAUGUCCCGCAUUACGGACAUCAACUCGCAGCUCCUUGCUGCCGGCGUGUCCAUCCCGGAGGACGACCUGCGCACCCUCGUCCGCAACGAACUCCCCGCAGAGUUUGAUGUGGCGAUGCGGUUCAUGGAGCGCGAGGACCCGCCGCCAUCGCUGUCCAAGAUGACGGCGGACCUCAUCCAGGAGGAGCGCCGCCUGCAUCGUCCCAAGAAGCGCACGCCCGUGCUCGCCAUCGGCGGGCCAAGCCCCGGCUCCUUCGCUGCAUCGCCGAUGCACGCUGGCACGUCGCCCUCCGACACGAGCGGUGGACCAUGCUGUCCACCUGCAGAGCGCGUGACUUGCGCGUUCUGCAACUUCCGCGGCCACUGCGCGCAGCAGUGCCGCAAGCUGCAGGCGGCCAAGCGCUACCACGUCAUCGACCUGCGCAAGGACCGCCACGUCGUCAACGCGCUCCGAGGCGCCACGCUGCAGACGGACAGCGACGCCGUCUUCAAGAGCCAGGACUUCACCGACCUGUGCCUGGCCUUCGACAUCAAGCAGCGCUUCUCGCCACCGCACUCGGAGGCCAAGAACGGAUCCGCAGAGCGCACCUUCCGCACCCUCUUCGAGACGGCGCGUACGAUGCUGUUUGCUGCGGACCUGGACAAGCCGUUCUGGGGCUUCGCCGUGCAGCACGCCACGCUGCUGCACAACAUCGCGCCACGCAGGAGCCUCAAGGACAAGUCAUCGUUCGAGGCCCUGACUGGGCACCCCUUCGACGUCAGCCUGUUGCGCGUCUUCGGCUCGCCGGCCUACGUGCAUGUGGAGAAGAGCAGCACGCGGCACAAGCUUGACCCACGCUCACGCGUCGGCGUCUACGUCGGGUUCGCCGAGGAGGACCAGGCCCACGUCGUCUGGAUGCCGGACACGCGACGCGUUGUCCACACCAUCCACGCUCGCUUCGGCGCCAUCAAGAACAAGCACGCCGCCUCCUCUCAGCAGCAGCAAGAGCAGAACAGCGGUGCCUCUGCUUCGCAUGCCAACAACACCGCUCAGCGUUCGACCGAGGACAGUGCCACCGGCGCUCCCACUGCACCACGUGCGGGGGAGCCGCAGCUCCAGCCACGCGCCCUUGGCGGCUCCGUCUGGGACCAGCUGCUGUUGUCCGAGACCCUCGGUGACAAGGACACCUCUGGUGGCUCAACCACCACGUGUCACGUUGCCACCAGCGCUGCUGGUACGGGGGAGAAGACAUCAGCAGUGGGUGGUCAUCUACCAGACAUCGCUGCUGGCAGUUUUGCCACGUCAGCUGAGCCAGCCACCGUCAAGGACGCGCUUGCCUCGCCAGACUCCGAGGAAUGGCGCCAAGCCAUCCUGGACGAGUUUGCGGCAAUGCAGGCCAAUGACUGUUGA